AUGACGGCGCGCUCCCUGCAGGGCACCGACGUCUUCAUCGGCCUGGGGCGCAGCUGGAGCGGUUACAAACACUUCAUCCGCGACCUUAGCGUGGACGCGCUGAAGGGCCUGUCGAGCCGGGGUCGCGGCGGCGGGGGCGGCGGCGGCGGCGCGCAGAAGCUCGUUGCCAGCCGCAUGCGUGUGCGGGCGAUCCACGUGUGGGGCGGCGGCCGGCUGCAGCGGCUCGCGCUGGCCAGCACCGACCACGCGGGCCAGUUCCUGCAGGCGGCCGACUGGCUGCUGCAGAGUCAGACGGCCUCGGGCGCCUGGACCGUGCCCGUAGAGCGCCGGCUCAACGACCACAUGCUGCUCAAGCCGCACUGGAGCUCGGCCAUGGCCCAGGGACAGGCCAUGUCACUGCUGACCCGGGCGUACCGCGUGACGGGGGACCGCCGCUACCUGGACGCCGCGCGUCGGGCCGCCGGCCCGUUUUCCGUGGACAGCCGGGAUGGCGGCGUGCGGACCUUGUUCCAGGACAAGUACGUCUGGUACGAGGAGUACCCCACCGUGCCAUCGUCGCUGGUGCUCAACGGCUUCAUCUACUCGCUGAUGGGCCUGUACGACCUGUGGCGGACGGAGGGCGAGGGCGGCGAGGCGGGCCGGCUGUACGCCGCUGGGCUGACAUCACUGCGCGCCCUGCUGCCGCUCUUCGACACCGGCUCCGGCACGCUAUACGACCUGCGCCACGUGACCGGAGGCGGGCCGCCCAACCUGGCGCGCUGGGACUACCACGUGACGCACGUCAACCAGCUGCUGGUGCUGGCCACCAUGGAGCGGGAGCACACGCUGUUCGCCGAGCUGGCCGACCGCUGGACCGCGUACAUGCGCGGCCACCGGGCGGCGCACAACUAGCCGCCGCCGCCGGAGCGCCCGGCGGCGCGCCGGCCCUACCAAACUGUGAUACGGGCGUGCACUGAGACCAGCGGCGGCCGCCGGCGGCCGAGCCCGCGGUGUCGCGGUCGACGCCCGAGACGUGUCGCCGGCGCUCGCAGUGCUGGCGGGACCUGGAGCCGCCGAUCAGUCAGCUGACGCGGCUGGCUUAACGGUACGAAUAGUUAUGGGUGUCUAGUGCUGUCAGGCGUAUUUUGGGAGCAACUGUGUCCGGAAACUGGCAGAGAUGGUUGUGGAUGGUGUGGAAUUCCCGAACUUGUUUAAUAUCGAGUUCUUGAAUGCAUUGGGCUUUUUACUAAUCAUUCUAUGCCCCUACGGUAUUUCUGUGUUUUCCGCUGUAUGAGUUUUUUAUGCGCUGAUUUGUUUCUCUUCUGUGCUUAGCACCUGUACAUUUUUACUUGAAUAGGCUGUGUUAUACUUGCUCGUAAGUGCUGCAGUUUACACUACGCCUGCUUGCUACAGUGUUUUGUAAGAUCUUGUAAGUGGCAUUAGCCACCGUUUCUCUACUGCUGAGUUACAAAAUUUGUGAGUCCUCUUGCCCCGGAGCUACUGCUGUGAUAAAGAAGGCGUGUACACCAUGUUCGUUUUGACGUAGUCUUAGACAUGCAUGUGGAAACAUUUUGCUAGCAACCACUUUUAGGUUUUCCUCGCGUUAGUUUAUACACAGCUCACGCGUCUCUCUAUUGCUUUGUGCGCGGAUGACAGGAUCUUGUUGAGGCUGCCCGGACUGGGACGCUCCCGCCGACCGCCUGUCCGAAGCCAGUCCAUUCUCUGUUAAUACCGCAAUAUAUGAUGACUG